GGUGGUGUCUGCGAAUGGUUUACUGUUGACUGGUAAUAUUACAAGAAGAUUACUGUAAAUAACGCGGUGCUGUAAUUUCUGUGCAAAGGGAUGACAUGAAGCUGUUUUUUGUACUCUGUCAGGUGAUAUGAACAGAACGUAAUUUUUCUAGUUCAGCAGCCCCUGCCCGGUUGGUGAGUAACAAUGGUUGAUAGUUGCUAAUGGGUGUGAGCAGGCUGGAUGUUAUUUACAGAAAGUGUCUCCUCACCAAACUGUUUAUCCAAGGAUGGGGGAAGCCAGAUGAUUUGAAAAGGAUAUUUGAGUUUAGGAAAGUAAUUGGGAACCGAGAGAAAUGCAAGAAUUUAGUUGCCAGGGACUAUCCAUUAUUCAUUGAUAAGAUAGAAGAGCAAACUGACUGUAAGAUCCUAGAUGGGCAUUUCAUUUCUCCUUUGGUACACUUUCUUCCUGGCAUCUUGCCUGCAGAAUCUGUCAAAGCCAGGUUUCAAUUUAUAGUGCCUAAAGAAUGGAGGAGAAAUUACCGACCAGUAUGCAUUCAUCUUGCAGGCACUGGAGACCAUUUUUUUUGGAGAAGACGCACAUUAAUGGCUCGUCCAAUGAUAAAAGAGACCGGCAUGGCAUCACUGUUGCUAGAAAACCCUUAUUAUGGAUACAGAAAACCAAAGGACCAAGUGCGGUCAAGUUUAAAAAAUGUCUCCGACCUGUUUGUGAUGGGAGGGGCUCUGGUCUUGGAGUCUGCUGCUCUUCUCCACUGGCUGGAGAGGGAAGGGUACUGGCCCUUGGGAAUGACAGGCAUAUCCAUGGGUGGACAUAUGGCUUCAUUAGCUGUUACAAACUGGCCUAAGCCAAUACCCCUGAUUCCAUGUUUAUCCUGGUCAACUGCUUCAAGUGUAUUCACGACGGGUGUUUUAAGUAAAUCGAUAAACUGGAGAGAGCUAGAAAAACAGUAUGCCACACAUACAGUAUAUGAAGAAGAAAUUAUUAGAAUGCUUGAAUAUUGUGGAACUGAUUCAUUUAAAAUGGGUCAAGACUUUGUAAAGAGCUCUCCCACCAGCUUUGGCAAUCUCCAGAAUUUGGACAUCUCCUCUGACAUACUUGACUUUGGUGGGACAGGAACAGGACAGAUGUUGGGGACAGAUAGUGCCCAUCAGCUCCACACCCACAAGACCACCAUCAGUGCCUUGGGACAAGGCCAGGUGAUUAAAGUGCGGGGUGUGGAUGAGACCCUGUCUGCUGUAAGCAGCAGCAGUGCCCAUCUAGACAUGCUGAACACAAGUGCUUUUUCAAAGGAGCGCAACAGAAGACCACCGCAUCAGCAGGAGUCGUUGAACUUCAUGAAGGGAGUCAUGGAUGAAUGUACACACAUAGCCAACUUCUCAGUUCCAGUUGACCCUAGCCUGGUCAUUGUGGUCCAGGCCAAGGAAGAUGCCUACAUCCCAAGAACUGGAGUGCGCAGCCUUCAGGAAAUCUGGCCAGGUUGUGAAGUCAGGUUCCUGAACGGGGGACAUAUCAGUGCCUACCUCUUCAAACAAGGGUUGUUCAGGCAAGCUAUCUAUGAUGCCUUUGACCGCUUUAUUCAGAAGUAUUCGGCCAAGAAACAUGGUUUACCUUGACUGCGGCUGUUCCCUGCCACACAGACAGACAGAUACACACACUCACACACAAAAGAACAAAUACAUAAAAGAAUACAGAUUGUUUGGACAUCCCUCAAAAGGUAAUGGGUGCUACAAAAUUGUAGAUGGCUACAAAAACAAAAAUGUAAUAAUUUAAUGAAAGAAUGAUAGUUUUAAAAUGAUUUAAAAUCCCAAAUCAAGUUUUCACAUCAAAUCCUAUCCAGCAUGUGUAUGAGGACCUGAUGGACGAUUUGCUCUUCAAACAUACAGACUAGAUCUCUUUGAACAAUGAGAUGUAAUUCUGAGAACUGGACUUCAGUGCCUGCACUGUUUACAAGAAACAAUUUGCUUUACCUUUGCUAUGCCUCAUGUGUCUGUAUUGCAUUCAUAUAUUUUUCUCAUAAUGGAUUAAUUUUGCAUGUUUAACUCGGUAGAGUUCACCAUUUCUCUUAUGAUUACCAUACUAUAUCCAGAUCAUGCCUCCUCUUUGCAGCAAUGCUUGCUUUCUGUUCUCACAAGUCAUUCAGUUCUGUCAGAGCGCCAGCACAAUUGCAGGAGAGAGCAUGAUGUUGAUACACAAUGAAACUUAUAAGAGAAAUUAUCUUUCUCCUGCUGAACACUCUGGAAUAAAAGUAAAGAAAUGAGUAGGAACUGUUCGAGACAAAACCGUGUAGAAGUGAUAAAGGACAUUAUCUGGUAGAAAAUGGAUUUCAGUAAGAAUGCCUUUGAAGAAACCCUUUUGGAGGAAGCAUACAUUAUAUAUCCCCUUUGUUUCACUCCAAUAUGUGCUUUAUUUAGUUUUUUUUUUUUAAUAUGUUUUUUUUUUUAAUAUAUUUUUCUGCAUUUAAACGGUAUACUGUUUUGAAAACCAUUGUAGCCAGUCAGUUAACCUUUAGAAGAACCCUGAUACUGUACUGGCUUAUUAAAAAAAAAAGUCCACUUUAUAUCAGUUAAUUGUAAUUGCUGCUGCCAUUCUAAAAUUAAUACGUCUUGUUUUUAAUCCUGUACCUGAAAUAUAACCAUUAAAGAGCAAGUAGUGGGGUUCUGAAAAAUACAGCGUUAUAUGUCCCCACAUGUUGCUUCAACCGUUUAAAUAACAUACCUGU